AUGUGCCAUUUGAUCAAGAGAGUUAUUUUACAAAAUCCCGAGGCGCUACAGGGUCCACCAGCUCAUAUUGCACUACCGCUCUUGAUUGAUAAAUUUAGUGAUGCGAAGCCAUCAUUGAGAACGACAGCCAGAAGGGUGUUUGAAGAUUACUGGAUGAGCUGUCCUGCAGAGUCCGAGAUGCUAUUACGAAGUGUUGGGUUUGUUCACCCUGACGAGCGAGUCAGAUUUGAAUGUGUGGAUAUGCUUUCUGCUCGUAUCCACAUGGUGAAGGAAACUCGAUUUGUAUUCAGACCAUUUACAGCUAGUGUGGUGGCUCUACUAAGUGAUACUUCGGAAGAAGUUCGCAAUGCAGCAUUUGAUCUACUUGUGUCUUUUUUUCAAACUGCCCAUAUCAAGGCUAAACAAGACUUGAAUAGGGAGCUGGUCGAGCAGGGAACAAAUAGUAGUACUCAAAGAAUGAUUCUGAGAGAAAUCGGUUUGGACACCAGUGACUCUCGAGACUUGAGAGAGACCAACCGAGAGAGACCCGGCAGUGCUAAUUCAUCAAGACUUGGUAGAGCCCUUAAAACAACGAGACCAAUCAGUGGAACUAAUAAUACUACAUCAACUAUACCUUCAACGAGCUCAACACUGAGUUCAUCAGCAAAUUCAAUGGGAGCCUCAUUAGCGACAUCAACGACUAGUACAUCGGGUAACGGCUCAUCAGUAUCCAGCUUGUCUACUGCAUUUGUCACUGAGAUGGAGGGAUACAAGAUGGAUGAAAUUAAUGGAGAGGAUGUUUCUUCCAGCGAUAGUUUCAAGAUUAUUGUCGAGGAUAUGGCUCCAUGCUUUGAUGGAAAAGAAACUGAGUUCAAUUGGAGUAAACGAGAAAAGAGUAUCAUUCGACUAAGAAGUUUGCUACGAGGCAACGCCCCUUCAGAUUUCCCAGAUGCAGUAAUAUGGAUGUUUAAAAGCUUCUCGGAUGGAUUUGUAAAGGCGAUUUGCUCUCUGCGAACAUCGCUUUCAAAUCACGGUUGUCAGUUUAUCAAGGAAGGUUGCAUGAUUAUGACUACUUCUUUUGACUCAGUGGUUGAGCCAUACCUCAGUAACCUGGUAAGAAUUACUCAGGGGGCAAAGAAAAUUAGUGCUCAAGUGGCUGCCAUGGUCAUUAAUGCGCUAGUGAUCAACACUUCAUAUUCUAUCAAAUUUUUAAACCAUAUUCAGAUGGUAGUUAAUGACAAGGUUCCGCAAGCAAAAGUAUACGCCGCCAUUUGGACCCGGCUAAUAAUAUCUACCCACGGUAGCAAAGCUGGUGGUAAUGGAGGAGAUUCAUUACUAGAAAAGAUUAUUUUGAAGGGCAUUUCGGAUGCAAAUCCAGCUGUGCGAGAAGGAAUGAGGCUAGCAUUCUGGGACUAUUACACAGUAUGGUCAAAGUCAGCGGAGACAGCACUCAGCAAAAUGGACAACACGACGAAAAAGGCUGUUGAGAGAGUGAGACCACAGGGAAUGAGCGCUUCUCAUCAUGCACCAUUAAAAGUGACCAGAUCAUUAGCUGCUAACAGACCCCCUAUUCGUGAGUUUAUCGCCAAGUCUAGAGAAGCUGGUAGAGGUGUAACCAAAGAACCCGUAUUAGUGGCCAAUAAGAAGCCGUUGAGACUGAAGGUAGGUAUGGUUGGUGGAUCAGGUGCUGCAACGAGUUCCCACCCUCCUGCUUCGUCAACAUCGGUUGCAUCAUCUACCGUAUCCGCUUCGCAGUACGGCAAGAAACAUGUUCCUUCGAUUAAUCCCCACAAUCCGACUACUCACGGCCCUGAGCAUGGCUAUAGUCAGACUGGAAAUGGAUCAACUCAUAAUAGCACUGUCAAUACUGCAUCGAGUCUUGUAUCUGGUUCUCACGUUGGUCAUGCCAAUAACACUUUGAAAAAGACAAGGGCUACACCCGAUAUCGAGGUUGCUCCAAGCGUAACAGAGAUGUUACAGAGCAGGGAUGAUACGAAAUUUACUACUGGUGUGCGUGCUCUGACCUAUUUACUACGGGGUAAAGAUCCUGCUUGGGAAAUCAACUGCCAGCGUCCUGCUACUUUGCCAACACCCGAAGUCAUCGAGUCCAGUCUUAAACGUGUUUUUGCCUUUGAUGAUAAUAACGGUGAGGUUCUUUUCAGGCAUCACGAACACCUAUCCACGCUUUGUGAAGCCGAUCUGAUAGGUUCGGUUCUGCAGUUUGUAGGUGUGAAGAACAUAUUAUAUGGAGCUUCAUACAACCUUGAGGGUGAAGAACUAGAAAACAGUUUACAUUCGCUAAGGCGACUACUGAUAUCUAGCGAUGCAUUCACAGUUUUGGUAGAAUUGGUGGGUAGGGGGCAAUCAAAGCAAUUAAUUUUGGAAUUGGCCAAGUCUGUGAGUGAGAAUUUGGAUUCCAAUGCAAAUGUAAGCGAAGCUAUUCAAACAUUAGGUGUUACCGAUUUCCAGGGCCGGGAAUUGGAGCUGGUAACUGAUAUAUAUAACACUUUGAAGGAAAGAGGCCUGAUAAAUGUGAAUGAAGUCGAUGACCAUGAGACUAAACCAGUGGCUGUUGAAAACACUACUGCUAUUGAAACUGACGAGGUCAAUACUGAAUCUGAUAGUAUUUUGGCACAAGAUAAGGAACAAGAGGAUGUCCAGCAACUUGAUGAUAUUCAUGUUGAAGAGCCAGAAAAAGUUGACGAGUUAAUUCCAGAGGAGAAGAAAGAUGGACCGGUUAAAAGUGUUUCUGAUACCGAAGAGGAAUCGAAGGGAAAUGACCCAGAGAUUCCAUCACAGUCACCCGAGGAUAUUGAAAAUGCUUCAAAGAUAGAGGAAACCAUUUCAGAGCAAGACACUGAGGCACCACUUGAAAUUGCUACAGAAGUCACAGAGGAUCUGACCAGGGACAUUGCUUCUGAGUCAACUGAAGCCCUUAAUGUUUCGGAAGUGAUUAACACAGAAUCUACUCCUAUUGUCGGUGGCGAUAUCGCUGUACCAGACACGGAACCUGCUCUUGAAAAUGUAGACGAAGAGGAUGUGGAUAUGGAUAUUACGGCUGACAAUGAUACAGUUGUCAAAGAGCAGAAUAACGAAGUCGAUACUAAUAUCGAAGAGGAUACGGCCGUCGAUAACACUGAGAAGAGUGAAGAUGAAGAACAACAGGAAGAGACUGAGCAGGAAGAGGCUGAGGACGCUUCAGAAGAAUCAAUAGAGAUUACUGGUAUGACAAAUCUCACAAUUCAAGCAGCUCCUUUGCAUGCGGUGCCAACUAUCACAACCUCACCUCACCCUCCCAAACUCUCCAUCUUUGAAGACUCGAAAUCAUCAUCUUCUGGAAGCAAUACCCCUGAAAAGUCAUUGUUGGCUGUUCAAACCCCUAUUAAGCUCCGAGAAAAUGUCAAUUCCAUCCUUUCCUGGCAUGCUGUUGCAGCAUACAAGAAUGUUUGCUCAUCACCUCUACCUCAGACCGAUGAAGAUGCUAACCAGCUAUACAAAUCCCUGAUCCACCAAAUCGAUUCGAGAACAAUUGAUUCGCAUGGACUUCGCAAAUUGAUCACUAUUGUCAAGGGGGCCAAGUCAGCUGAUAGUAAUGCUGGCAUUAUACCUGCUUACAGUACAUGGAGACAGGGCAAGUGGUUAGUAAAGCUCCAAAAUAGUAUCUUGUCGUAUAUUUCUCGUGACGAUUUAUCGGAAAAUGAGACCAAUCAAUCAUUGUUACUGGUUUAUCAAUUACUAGAAGCUGAACCGGCAGCGUUCGAUAACGUUGAGGUCGAGUUGAUCAAGUCGUUUUCAACUCUUGCUGGAGUCUCGAGUCCAAUUAUUGGACUAGGUGCAUUGGCAGAUACUACAGCUCUGCUUGUUUCAAAAUGCAAUCGUGAUGGCAUUGAUAACAUCGAGUUACGAAUGAAAAUGAUAUCCGGUUUAAUUACAGUUAACGACAACGCUGCUUCUGGUAAACUCCCCACCAACGCGACCAGCAAUGCGAAUGAAGUAUCUGUUUUCAUCGUGUCGGCUAUAAACCAGCUGUUGUCAUCAAGCACUGAUAGAAAUAGCCUAGAGGAGCAUGUGAGGUCACUGCUACCAGCUCUCGCAUCAAUCAUUAUGUCAUAUAUUGGACAUGAAGAGACAAAGAUUCGUAAAGAGACAUAUCCUUUGGUUGUAACAUUGCGACAACUUGUUUCAGAUGAGAGAGAUAAAGAAUUUCUCCAAGAGAAUGUUAUUGGACAACUUAGCACAGGACAACGACAAUUGCUUGACUUUUUCUGUAAAUAG